AUGAAGCCCGAGAUUAUACCGUACCAGCCGGAAGUGGACCUUGUGCUGGACGACAGCGUUUGCGAGCGGCGGCCGCACCUGCCGGUGUACCAGGAGACGCACGAAGUGAACGGCGUGCAGUUCUGGAAGACGGAGGACAUCCCGCUGAGCAGGCGGAACUUCAUCUACCGGCCGUGUCUGCCCAACCCGCUGUUCACCGAGCUCGGGUACUGCACCACCGAGUACCCGUUUGACACUUCUGGGGUCAACAUCCAGGACAGGUCCUACGGGAUGAGUGUGCUGCGUGGUGAGAACAGUGUGGUCAGCGUCAGAGCGAAGGACGGGUGGCGCACUGCGCGCAGCGAUGUGUGCAUCAAGGAAGGGGACGUGUACUGGGAAGUGGAAGUGCUGAACGUCGGUAACGGCAGUGGUAGUGGCACUGGUAGUGGCAGUAGCAGUAACGUGGAUGUGGACGUGGACAAGGGGUCGGUGCAGCAGCGGCGGCAGUUUCUGAACUCGUCUGCGCAUGUGCGUGUGGGCAUCAGCCGGCGGGAGGCCAGCCUGGAAGGCCCUGUGGGGUUCGACUCGUACGGGUACGGUCUGCGAGAUUUCUCGCUGGAGUCUAUACACGAUGGACAACUGGAGCAAGUGCUGGCGAGGGCGCCGCUGAAGAACGGGGACCGGCUGGGGUUCCUGGUGAGCCUGCCGAGUGUGGAGAGGCAGGUAGCGCAAGCGCGGGAGUACACCGCGAGGCGGAUCGAAGCGCUUGCGUCGCACGGCCAGGAGCUCGGAGCGCAGGAGGAGUGGGAGUCGCACGGGCGCAAGAGGCAGAAGCGCGCCGGUGUGACGAACAUGGACUUCCAGCGGGCGCUGCUGGAGGACAUCGACCACGCCAACGUGGUGCGGGACCACAUACCCAUCCGGUACAAGAACCAGCUAUUCUACGAGGCCACGGAUUACGUGAAGACCACGAAGCCCGAGUACUACUCCUCGGACAAGCGCGAGCGGGAGGAGUACUACCACCUGGAGGGCUCCUACGUGGCUGUGUUUCUGAACGGGGAGUACCUGGGCAAGGCGUUCGAGGAGGUGAAACCCUUCCUGCCGCCGUUCAGCGAGCUGCAAUACAACGAGAAGUUCUACUACGGGUACUGGAAGCACGGCCGGGCGGAAGGCGAGGACCGGGAGGAGGCGCGCAUCGGCGGCAAGCACCGGAAGGGGCUCAUCCUGCGGAACAAGUACGUGAACAACAGCAAGCUGGGCUACUACCCGACGAUCAGCUGCUUCAAGGGUGGUGCCGCGAGACUAGUCACCACCCGCAGCGAGCUGCGCCACCUGCGCGCAGCCACAGACGUAGCCGACCAGCCCGUCGCUGUGCUCGACGACCUCUACAGACGCCAGAUCGCAGACGAAGUGGUCUGGGACAUAGUAGACGAGAUAGAAGAAGAGGCGAAAGUGAAGUGGAAGUGA